ACUUUUGAGUUAGCCAACAACUUCGGAACAAGUCCUCAACAAUGUGCCCAGUUUUAUGAUACUCCAGAAGAAGCAAUAAAAGAUAUUCCGGAUGAUUCAACUCUUUUGAUUGGAGGAUUUGGUCUGUGUGGUAUCCCAGAAAAUUUGAUUGGUGCUCUUCUGAAACAAGGUGUGAAAGGAAUAACUGCUGUCAGCAACAAUGCAGGGGUUGAUGACUUUGGGUUGGGAAUGCUCCUAAAAACACAGCAGAUAAAACGCAUGGUGUCUUCCUAUGUUGGUGAAAAUGCAGAAUUUGAAAGGCAGUACCUGGAAGGGGAAUUGGAAGUAGAAUUGACACCACAGGGAACACUGGCAGAAAGGAUACGGGCUGGAGGUGCAGGCAUCCCAGCAUUCUUUACCCCCACGGCAUAUGGCACCCUGAUUCAUGAAGGAGGAGCUCCCAUCAAAUAUGGUCCUGAUGGUUCAGUGGUCAUUACAAGUGCUCCCAGAGAGAGUCGUGAAUUUAAUGGUCGCCAAUAUAUUAUGGAAGAGGCAAUCACUGGAGAUUUUGCACUAGUGAAGGCCUGGAAAGCUGACAAGGCAGGAAACUUGAUCUUCAGGAAAACAACUCGAAAUUUCAAUGUCCCUAUGUGCAAGGCUGCUAAGAUUACCAUUGCAGAAGUAGAAGAGAUUGUGGAUAUAGAUACUCUCCCCGCAGAGGAUAUUCAUGUACCCAGUAUCUAUGUGAAAAGAAUAAUUAAAGGAGACAGAUAUGAAAAAAGGAUUGAGAAACGCACACUGAAGAAAAAGAAAACUACGGAGGAACCUUCUACUCCUGGGGCCAUAAACAGAGAGAGGAUUAUUAGGAGGGCAGCCAUGGAGUUUAAGGAUGGGAUGUAUGCCAAUUUAGGAAUAGGAAUGCCCAUGCUUGCCAGCAACUAUAUCCAUCCUGAUAUUACCAUUCACUUACAAAGUGAAAAUGGCGUUCUUGGAUUGGGAGGCUAUCCAGAAGCAGGUGAGGAAGACCCAGAUCUGAUAAACGCUGGUAAAGAGACCGUCACUGUGGUCCCUGGGGCAGCGUAUUUCUCCAGUGAUGAAUCUUUUGCCAUGAUAAGAGGGGGUCACAUGGAUCUCACCAUUCUAGGGGCAAUGCAGGUGUCCAAAUUUGGAGACCUUGCCAAUUGGAUGAUUCCCGGUAAGCUUGUUAAGGGCAUGGGAGGAGCAAUGGAUCUCGUCGCUAGUGGAGGUGAUACUAAAGUAGUUGUUACAAUGGAACAUACCUCAAAGGAUGGAAGACCAAAAAUCCUUGAUAGCUGUGAACUUCCCCUUACUGGAAAAGGCUGUGUAAAUAUGAUCAUCACAGAAAAGGGUGUCUUUAAUGUGGACCCCCUUGAAGGUUUAACUCUUGUGGAGAUAGCAGAUGAUACAUCUGUGGAGGACAUUGUUGCUUGUACUGCAUGUGAAUUUAGAGUUUCAGACAACCUCCAGCCCAUGGGCCAGAUUGACCAUGAUCACUGAAGUAUUCAAACCAACAUUGACAGCUAUUUAGAAGGAAUGGGAAACUUUUCGUCUUUCUAAACUUAAACUUCUUGUAAUCUUGGCUGUAGACUUGUAGUUCAUCUUUUUCUCAACUACAUCUGAUUUCCCUCUCUUUUUUUUUUUUUUUUUUUUUUUUUACGCUUCACAAAUGUCAUAAUUUGAUGACAUACUUGAAAAUUGUAAUAUUUGUCGUUGAUAGUAACUGAUUUUAAGAUUAGGAAAAUAAAAUUGAUACAUUAAAUGAUAAUAAAGACCGAUUUAACAGACUCUGAAAGCUUUCUCCUCAUUUAAUCUUAUUGAAUGUUUUAUGUGCAAAGCAAAGUUUUUUGAAAUCAUUUAUUUAUCAUUAACUUUUAAUAAAUUCAAGUUAAAUGCUCAAGUUUAUAAAAACAUGUUUUUUUAUUUUAAGGAUAAAGUAUUCAGAAAAUCAUUCAUUAAAGUGAGUUUGAAAAAAUGUAUUUACUGUCAUUCAAUAUAUUAUUUGGGCAAUUCAAACAGCAUUAUGUGAAAGCACAUACAACUGUGGAGAUAGAAUCUUAAAACAAAUAACAAAUAACCAUGUAGAAACAUACAGCGUACAUUCACAUACACACACAUACAUACACAUACAUAC